AUGAUGAUCGAAAUUUUGGUUCGCGAACCGUUCAAACCCGCCGCUCUGAGUGACGAAACCGCGAGCAGCACACCUGGAGGAAGGCGGCGAGAGCACGCCUCCGAGAAUCCAGGACGAAUCCGCGAGCAGCACACCUGGAACGGGGAGGAAGCAGGGGGAGGAAGGCGGCGAGAGCACGCCUCCGAGAAUCCAGGACGAAUCCGCGAGCAGCACAUCUGGAAAGGAGCAAGGGGAGGAAGGCGGCAUGGGCGGCGACACCGUGGACGAAACCGCGAGCAGCACACCUGGAACGGGGAGGAAGCAGGGGGAGGAAGGCGGCGAGAGCACGCCUCCGAGAUUCCAGGACGAAUCCGCGAGCAGCACACCUGGAACGGAGCAAGAGGAGGAAGGCGGCGAGAGCACGCCUCCGAGAAUCCAGGACGAAUCCGCGAGCAGCACACCUGGAACGGGGAGGAAGCAGGGGGAGGAAGGCGGCGAGAGCACGCCUCCGAGAAUCCAGGACGAAUCCGCGAGCAGCACACCUGGAACGGGGAGGAAGCAGGGGGAGGAAGGCGGCGAGAGCACGCCUCCGAGAUUCCAGGACGAAUCCGCGAGCAGCACACCUGGAACGGGGAGGAAGGCGGCGAGAGCACGCCUCCGAGAAUCCAGGACGAAUCCGCGAGCAGCACACCUGGAACGGGGAGGAAGCAGGGGGAGGAAGGCGGCGAGAGCACGCCUCCGAGAAUCCAGGACGAAUCCGCGAGCAGCACAUCUGGAAAGGAGCAAGGGGAGGAAGGCGGCAUGGGCGUCGACGAUGAGUCGGACGAAACCGCGAGCAGCACACCUGGAACGGAGCAAGGGGAGACCUUUGUUUCGUCAGCUGCCCAGAUAUUGCACCCCCGAUAGCCAUCGCCCCGGCACCGCUAGUCAAGGAUGUCCGGCACCAUCCACCGCUGCACCUAUCUUUGCCUGUUCAUUUAGCCAGCGAAUUUACGCCCAUUGUUUGUGAAGUCCGCUAUGACUAUCGCAAAUCCGACGUUCCCAGCAUGCUA